AUGUUGGUUCUAUUUGAGACGCCGGCGGGUUAUUCUCUCUUCAAGUUGUUGGAUGAAAAGAAGCUCAAGAAUGCUGACGAUCUUUCCGAGGAAUUCAGCUCGACGGAGGGCAUUCAAGAUGGAUUGAAACUUAUGGCUUUCAAGAAGUUCAAGACCACCUUAGAGGCCCAGAAAAGUGUCAUCGAGCUUCAAGAAGGAAAAAUUAGCAAAUCUUUGAAAAAACUGAUCACUUCGAAGCUCGAAGAAGGCGAGAAAUUGGCCGUUGGAGAUGCUAAGCUAGGAAGCGCUCUUAAGGAGAAGUUACAAAUCUCUUGUGUUCACAACAAUGCUGUUUCUGAAUUGAUGAGGUCAAUCCGAGCCCACAUCGACGAUCUUCUUGGAGAGCACAAGACUGAAUUGAGCGCCAUGAACCUUGCCGUUGCUCACUCGCUUGGAAGAUAUAAAGUCAAAUUCAAUCCCGAGAAGAUUGAUACGAUGAUUGUUCAAGCAGUUUGUCUUCUCGAUGACUUGGACAAGGAACUCAACAAUUAUCAGAUGCGCUGCCGUGAAUGGUACGGCUGGCAUUUUCCGGAGCUCGGCAAAAUUCUCGCGGAUCACCAGGCUUACGCAAAGGUGGUAAAAACAAUUGGAAUGCGACAAAACGCGAUCAACUCUGACUUGUCUUCGAUUUUGCCAGAAGAUUUGGAAACUAAAGUCAAGGAAGAAGCGGAAAUCAGCAUGGGUACCGACAUCUCGGAAAUUGAUCUCGUUCACAUUGAACAACUCUGUGAUCAAGUCAUUCAAUUUACGGAGUACAGAACCCAAUUGUUCGAAUACUUGAAGAACCGAAUGAGCGCGCUUGCUCCAAAUCUGACCGCAUUGCUCGGGGAAUUGGUUGGAGCUCGUCUUAUAUCUCACGCCGGAUCUCUCGUCUCAUUGGCGAAGUACCCAGCCUCAACUGUUCAAAUUCUUGGCGCUGAAAAGGCUCUAUUCCGUGCUCUGAAGACCAAGAAGGAUACGCCAAAAUAUGGGCUGAUCUAUCACGCUCAACUCAUCUCUCAAGCUCCUGCAAAGAUUAAGGGAAAGAUGGCAAGAAAAUUGGCGGCUAAAGUUUCUUUGUCUACAAGAAUUGAUGCACUUGCUGAUGAAUCGAAAGGAGCCGAAAUUGGUAUUGAAAGUCGUGCUGCACUUGAAAAUGUUCUUCGUUCGGAACAAGAACGUGGACCCAAAAAGAUUGGCGGUACUUCUCAGAAACACGAAAGAUAUAGCUUCAAGAGUGAGACACACGCCUAUGAUGACUCCUAUGACAACACUGCAAAGAAAAGCCAAAAGAGGUCAUUCAAGGAUGAUGAUGAGGAAGUGAAGCCAAAGAAGUCGAAGCUCAUCGAGGAAAUCGAUACAGAGCAAACACCAUCUGGCAAGAAAAAGGACAAGAAAUCCAAGGAAGUCAAGGAAGAGGAGCUAGAAGAAGAGCAACCCGUUGACUCCUCAAGCAAGAAAAAGAAGAACAAGAAGAAGCAGGUCGACGAAGAUGAGGAGGAGGAG